AUGGUCCUAUACAGUUACCGAGUGAAGAAGGAGUGGCGAGGAGCGAUGGAGAUUUUUAGCGAGGGGAAGAUCCAUAUGAUCAAAGAGAUGGGGUUCACUGACGAAGGGAUCAUCAAGGAUGCUCUCCGACAGGUAAGCGGGAACGUCGCGCUUGCAAUCGAGAAGCUGGUCUCUGGAGCUGUAGCGAGGCCCAGCGUUACAGUCGUCAAGGAGAACGAAGACGCUCCUCCUCCCUCCUCCUCCUGUACGAAGUCCCUGGCUCCGAUCUUCACAGCCUCGCAAAAGCCAUCCUUGCUGUCUCAACCCAGUCAGAGGGGAAGGGCUCCUGUUAAAGAAAAGCCCGGUCGGAUGGGGAAGAGCAGCUCAAGGCUGGUCAAGAGCUCGUCGAUGGUGUCGUUCCCGACCAUGUCGCGCGAACUCUCUCGGAGCGCUGUGAUCAAGAGGGAGAGGGAGCCGGAGGAGGAGGUGAACGUGAUGAGCGACGUGAAGGCGGGGGACGUGGAAGUGCAUGUGCUGCCUGAGGAGCAGGAGCAGGAGGAUCGUGAGGACCAGGUUCCGAAAAGGAGGAGGCCGGCUGACUUCGAACGAAGACCAUUGGCAGAGAGGAUGAGACCGGAGAGUGUGGAGAGGAUCGUUGGACAGCGGGAUGUCGCCAAUGCAAUCAGAAAGUUUCUUCUCACUGGAAGCAUCCCUUCCAUAAUCCUUUGGGGCCCUCCAGGAUGUGGCAAGAGCACUCUAGGUAAGAUCGUGAGCAGAGCCGAAGGAUUCACCUCCGUCUUCCUGUCUGCGGUCAACUCUGGGCUGGCGGAUGACGCCUUUCUUCCGCAUGUCGAGUCGGGGUUGAUCACACUGAUCGGCGCCACGACGGAGAACCCGAGCUUCUCGUUGAACAGAGCCUUGCUGUCCAGGUGUCAAGUGUACAAUUUGAAGAAGUUAGACGAGGAGGAAGUGAAGGAUAUCAUCCUGAGAGCACUGAAUGAUCGGGAGAACGGGCUGAUGCCGGGACUUGAUAAACUCCGUGGAGGUCAAGGUAGCGAUCGAUGCCUGACAAGCUGCACUGGUGACUUUGCCAUGAAACAGAGGGCCUGCAGAAGCCUGCGACCGUCUCGAUGGAAGUUUGUGCUUGUUCUUGUGCCUCAGGCUCUUGAUGUUGUGGUCAAGUUAGCAGACGGAGAUGCUCGAUCAGCCUUGAACUUCGUCGAAGUCUCCAUGUCACACGCCAUGGAGAGGAGCAGGAGCAGCGAAGAAAGAGGAGGGAGAGACGCUGGAAGAGCGCGAGGAGGAGCAGGAGGGGCAGCAGGAGCAGGGGCUGAAGUGGACGAGGAGGGCCUCGACGACGUCCGCAAGGCAACGCUCGACCAGAUGACGGUCGCUUACGACGCGCACGGCGACGAGCACUACAACUGCAUCUCCGCAUUCCACAAAAGCAUCCGAGGGAGUGACCCGCAAGCUACGAUCUACUGGCUCGCGCGAAUGCUGGAAGGAGGAGAAAACCCUGAGUACGUCGCUCGUCGGAUGAUCCGUAUUGCUAGCGAAGACAUCGGGUUGGCCGACACCUCUGCCCUCGUUCAGGCAACGGCGACGCUGGAAGCGGUCAAGGCUAUCGGCAUGCCGGAGUGCAACCUAGCUCUGUGCCAGUGCGCCGUCUACCUCGCUUGCUGCCCCAAGUGCAACGCCCUCUACUCCGCCUACAAGGCUGCAGCUGCCUGUGUGCGUGAAGAGCCCAACUAUCCUGUUCCCCUCCACUUGCGGAACGCUACGAGCAAGGUGCUUGCGGAUCUGGGAUGGGGCAAAGGAUACAAGUACAAUCACGACUAUCCGGAAGGAUGCGAUCAGGAAUACCUCCCUCCUGAGCUCGCCGGCCGCCGCUUUCUCACGGUAGAGCCAGCGAGGAGGAGAGAAGUCAGUCCUGCUCUGUGA